AUGGUUAGAAACUAUUCGGUUUAAUCAGUACCACUGAUCGCAACAACACCUAUGUAUUAAUCUCUGAUCCAAGUGUAAUAACCAUAACCAUAAAUUGUGAGACAAAGACCAAUUCAUGUGGUCGAUUUGGAAUAGUAUGAUGACAUUUGGAGAAAAAAAGUCGAGGACCUUGAAAAGCAAUUAAGAGAACUCUAAAAACAAAAACCAUAGCCAGUUAUUUAGGCUCCAGAACCUGUGCUUGAAUUAAGAGCUGGUGCAGACACUGAAGAUUUGGAAAGACAGAUCUCUCAACUCCAACUAGAAUUGUAUAAGACUAAGGAGGAUUAUGAAGAUUUAUUAUAAAAGUAUAAUGACAAUCUUAGUGAAUUGGAAAAAUUGAAAUGUAAUAUCUAAAAUAAUGUUAUUUAAGAGUAAUUGAAAAAUCAUGUCUGUACUGAUAAUACUGCUGAGUUAAAAAAGAAAAUUGAAUAACAAGACAAAGAAAUCGAAAGAUUGAAGGCUUUGCUUGCUUCUCAAGUUCCUGUUGCCAAUGACGAUUCCGAAUAAUUGAAGCUUUAUUUAAAGAGGAUAUCUGAUUUAGAGAGUUAAUUACAGGAUUCAAUUUUAUAAAUGGAAAGAUAUAGAUAGGAGAAUUCCCAACUAUUAUCCUAAUUGAACUUCUUUAAGGAUUAAGUGCAUGAGAAGGAUGAAAAGAUAAAGGAAUUAGAAGGCCAAAUUGAAGAACUCAAUAAUGAAAUGGACGGUAUGUAGGAUGAAUAGGAGGAGAUCAUUGAACAAAGAGUUGAAACUGUUAGAAAGGAGUUGAAGAGUUGGAAGGAUAAAUUUUUGGCUUUAAAUGCUCAAUUUCACGAUUAAUAGGAAAAAUUAAUGUUAACUGAAGCUGAGUUGGAUCACAUUAAAAAAUAAGGAGGAGCUGGAACUAAAGGUAGCUAAGUAAUCACUACGACGACUACAACAAAGUAAUCUAAAUGAAUAUGAGUACAUUAUCUAAAUAAAUAUAAUAGAUGGUUUAUAAUAUUUAA